AUGUCUCAUCAGGCAGAGUUUUCCAAGAUGGCAGAGGAUGUGAAGAAGGUGAAGACGAGGCCCUCUGACCAGGAGCUGCUGGAUCUGUACGGCCUUUACAAGCAGUCAAUAGUUGGAGACGUAAACAUUGACAAGCCUGGGAUGAUGGACGUAAAAGGAAAAGCUAAGUGGGAGGCUUGGAACUCACACAACGGAACGUCCAAGGAUGAUGCCAUGUCUGCCUACAUCACAUUGGCUAAAGAAAUAAUUUCAAAAUAUGGCAUGUAA